GACAGUUUGAAGGGUCGCGCUGACGACUUCGACGGCGCCGACUCGUGGGCGGGCAGAAGCAAUGGCGUCACAGUGCUGUACAUGCAUGUCACAAAUGCUGUUGUGCUUGUGCGGAUGGCAGGCCCGCAGGAUGGCGCGUGACAGGCCUCCACGAUGAGCGGAGCCCCCUCCACGAUGAGCGGCGGACACCCGGUCCCCCCCGGGCUCGUCGUCAAUGCGGAGGGCCCGAAUGGGCAGCCGCAGACGUCGUCGUACGGAGGGGAUCAGUGGCCACACGAGCCAGAUGGACAGAUGGGCGCCUCCGCUCCCUCUGCCUCCCAGCACACGAACCCCCCCAACCUAGACAACGCCGAUGCGUUGCAGCUGCAGAGCCUGGACGCCUCCGAGAUGUCCCAGCUGAUUCAACAGGGGGGCGGGCCACACCAGAUGAUGAUCCGACAUCAGUCGCAACAGCACCCGAUGUUCAAUGCAUGGCUGCUGGCAGGGCUGAAUAUGAUGGUGAGGGAAAGAAGUCCAUUUUCCGUAUGUAUGUGCGUGUCAUUUUCUUACCGCAGGAAGACGCCCAAAUGCAGUUCAUGGCUUCGACGGUGGCCCAGCAAUCGGCCAUCGCUCCCACAGUGGCCACACCCACAGCCGAGCCCACAGCCUCCCAUCAGACGUCGAUGGCCCCAUCAUCCGUCGGUCGUCGGAGGAGUAGCAGCAGGCGACGUCGACAGGCUCCCCAAGCACUGCUGCAGCAGGCGGCGAUGCAGGUAUGGGCUGCAUGCUUUGCAUCGGUCACGUGUCAUGAUUCUGGUACCCUGUCUGCAGAACACAGAGUCCGUCUAUUCUGGGGCGGGGUCGCCUCAGGUGGCUACCGACUGGCCCACUUUUAUCAUGUCACUCUCUGGUGAGUACAACCAUCGCAUGUCUUUCAUGGUCGACACGCUGUCUUCUCUUCAGAUACCGGUGUCAUCUCCAUUCUACGCCAGUUCUGGAGCAAACUGCGAGUCGACUAUGACCGUUCACACACGGACCCCGACUCACAGGACCAGGGGGAUCUGCAGAGCCGCUGGGCGUGGAUCGACACAUCCGAUGUCAUGCCUUGUCUGGAGCUUGCCCUGUCGGGCCCUGUUGAUCAAGAAGGGAGGCUCGGUGCAUCGAGAAGGGACGUCUAUCGACCGUACUACGACCCGAUGGGCCUGUGGGAGCCUGCAGAGGACCAGACACAAGGGUGGGACCCAGACAAGCCGGCUCAGUGCUGUAUACCUGUCCCCAACGAAACCCCUCGCGUCAUCCCAUACGUCCCUGUGGACCGCCCGACACCAGACGACAAGAUGAACGUGGCCUUCUGCAGGGUGUGUGGCCACGUGGAGAGGAGGAAGGACAUUACCAGGCACAUCAAGAAAAGACACAAGGAGCUCUUCGUAAGCAGACAUGACGAGUUACACGUCUGCAACCGGUGUACUCGUCUGUCUUUCGUGAGACAGGCGAUGCCUAGCACGCCCACGUCUGCCUGCAGCAUCACCGGACAGGUAGGCGAGCACAUGGUUGCCUUAUGUGCUGUGUCUCUGUCCGUCCAUCCCAUGCAUUCGUCUGCAGGGGAGCAGUCAGCCGAGCGGCCAGUGAGAAGCACACCCACGGUAGUCCACUUCUGCUACUGGCAGCGGCCACCUGUGACUGGCGAUUUCUCUUCUGGUGCCUUCCCUGCACACGGCCAGGCGAUGGGGCACUCAGCAGCUGAGGAGUGACGUGCGUUUUUUCGGUGUGCCACUUGUCUGUGCGCGUGGGUAACAUGAUUUCGACAAGUUGACGCAUAUAGAGUCGUGGGGGAAAUAACAUCGUUUGCUUGGCGUACACGUAAUUUGUAACUCCCGGAGAAAGAAUAUGCCGUGCACACGUGGCGUACAUGACUAUGUCUGUGUGCGUUUGCGUCUGUGCACAACCCCCUGUGUGCGUUUGGAUCUCCAGGGGGUCAUGUGUACCAUGUGUCAUCUGUCUGUCUGUCUGGCUGGCUGUCUGUCUGUCUGGCUGUCUGGCUGUCUGGCUGUCUGGCUGUCUGUCUGUCUGGCUGUCUGGCUGUCUGUCUGGCUGUCUGGCUGUCUGGCUGUCUGGCUGUCUGUCUGUCUGUCUGUCUGUCUCUCUGGCUCUCUGGCUGUCUGUCUGUAUUCCGGCCUUCCCAAAGUAGGCACAGUGUGGCAUGAGUAGGCCUCCGUCUCCCCCUGCUUGCCAGACGUGCGUGCAGGGUCUCUCCCGCCGUGUCUAGGACGAUAGAUGCUAAGUCUCUUGGGUGUCGUCGGGUUUUGAAUGACCACGCCAGCUUGCCCUGCCUGCGUCUUUCCUGUCUGUCUGUCGUCUUGACUGGGCGGUUUAAGGAGGCUGCGUUGACCAGCUGCCUUGCCUUCUUCUCCCUCGUACGCUCCUCUGCGUGAUUGGCUGCCCUCGCCUGUCUCGUCUUCCUCUGUGUGUGUGUGUGUGUGUGUGUGCCUGUCUGCGUGGCUGCACGCGAACAGAUCUUCGCGAGUGUCUGGCCCGCACAGUGUCUCGUCUCUUCCAUGUAUCUGCUUAAGCGUUCACUGAGCUUGUGAGUACGGUGACCUUCCAUGUAUCUGCUUGGACAUUACGGUGACAGUAAGGGGCUGUAGAACCUGCAUAGACAGAGCUUUGCUUCUCUCCCCUUCCCGCUUACACACACAGGUGCGACAUGAGACAAGUAGGCUUCGUUGUCGCUCUUGCCUGCU